AUGCGCGCCACCCUCAUCAAGCUCACCCUCGCCGCCGCCUCUCUCGGCUCCGUGGCCCUGGCUUCCGCCCUCGACCAUGACUCCUCCAACGUCCACAUCUUCCGCCGCCAGGCCUUCGACCCCGAUGAGGAAACCGCCAGCGGCUCCACCUGUGUAGAGGCCUUCGGCCCCGGCUACAUCGAGUGCGCGCCCGCCACAGCCACCAAGAACAGGCUCUGUAUCAUCCCCAGCGAGGGCGAGAUUUGCUGCGACAACAAAUGGGCUGCCCUGCCGGAUCCUUCUGCUUGGUCCAGGACCUCUGCUGCCCCGACGGUCUUGACCCCGCCAGCUGCGCCGUCGAGAAUGGCGUUGAGCUCCCUGAUGACUUCGUCCCCGGCGGUACCUCCAACCCCACCUCCCCGCCGAGCCCGAGCCCAGCUCCACCGGAACCGCCGGCGACGACGACGAGACCACACCCUCCCCACCAAGGGUUCCGGAUCUAGCCCUACUGGCGGUUCCGGCGCCCAGACCCCGCCUGUGCAGGUUGGCGGUGCCGCCACUCGCGAGGGCGUCAGCGCUCUCAUCGCCCUCGCCGGCCUUGCCGUUGCCGUCCUCUAA